GGAGUGUUUUCCCCGAGGAAACAUCCUCGGGAUUUUCAGGUGUAGAAGCAGCUGAAGACUUCAACAGUGUUGGAUUGUGUAGCUGCCGAAACAUUGGCGCCGUCUGUGGGAAACUUCGAACAAAAAGUUGUGUGACUUAACCUGCUGAAAGACAAAAUGGUCCGUACCUUUACAGGAGAUCGCCCUCCAAGAAAUGAAAUGGACGAACAGGAGGACACUCACGUAUCUGAGCCCGGCCUAAAUGAUUUUAGACCAAUGCCGAGAAAUCUUUUUGUAGGGGGAGCCGAACAGGAUCACCUAAGCGAAACAGAUGAUGAUGAAAGAACACCAACGGGGUAUGCAGCCCAGCCUGAACAGUUUCAGGUUCCAACAGGGACAAGACGAAGACCUUCUAGACCGCACAAUUCACAGCAAGAACGACCUGAAAGGUCAACAGAACCUGCUCGGACAACCGAGCUCGAAGAGAGAACUAGAGUUCUCGAAAUGGCAAUGGGUAAAAUCCUUGCCCGCCUAAUUCCUGAUGACCCCCUGAUUCCUUUGCUGAACAGGGAUGCACAACCAGCUGCGGUUGUUGCAACUAGAAACUCCCCCGCUCUAAGCAAUAUAGUGGUGUCGACCAGGCCUAGGGGAAGUGGGAAGUUGAAUAUCGAGCCUAGCUCAUCCAAAUAUAGUGAAGAGUUGAUGAGAAAAAACGCAGACCUUGAAAGGCAGCUGCGGGAUGUGCAAAAAUCCAUUGACGAGCUGAAAAGCCCCAGGUCGCACCAACAGACCUUGGAUUUGGAUAGUGCUCCACUGAACCUAUCCAUCACAGCAAAACCAUACCAAGAGGGAUUUAAAAUUCCCCACCUAGAGACAUAUGAUGGCACGAAAGACCCGGAUGAACAUCUACACACCUAUCAAGCCAUCAUGAGGAUUCAAAACGCCAAUGAUGCCAUGAUGUGCAAAGUGUUCCCGGCGACACUGAAAUCGACGGCCAGAAGAUGGUAUCACAAACUUCCCAGACAUUCAAUAGAUUCAUUUUCCCAGCUCGCCAAGCUGUUUUCUAACAAAUUUGCGAGCCAAAGGGAGAUCAAGCGCACAGCAACUGAGCUGAUGCAGGUUAACCAGAGGGAAGGGGAGUCUUUGAGGGAUUACAUGCAGCGGUUCAACAAAGCCACAUUGGACAUUAACAAUGUCCCAGACACAAUCUGCCUGUCUGCCCUGUUGCAUGGGUUGAAGCGUGGCCGGACUUUCAAUCGUCCAAGCGACGAGCUGAUGAUAAGCCGAGUAGAGGCCACGAAACGAGCUGAUGAUAAGCCGAGUAGAGGCCACGAACAACAACCGAGAAGAGAAGAUAAGAAGAAGCAGAAGGUCGGUGAGCAAUGGGGGAAACUAGCUGAGUUCUCGAAAUAUGCCAGUUACAUUCCUUUGACCUUACCUAGGUCUCAAAUCCUGGCACAAAUUCAGCACUGGGUUAGGAGACCUCCACCCCCACUGCAUGAUUCCCCGAGGGCAGAUAAGAGCAAGCAUUGUGACUACCACCGUGUAUAUGGUCACAGUACAGAGGACUGCCAACACUUGAAAGACGAGUUAGAGUUUUUGGCUCGUAACGGGAAGCUAGAAGGGUAUGUCCAGAAGCCUCACACCCAGCAACCCACUCAAACUCAUUUUGUACAGGCGUACGACCGACCUCAAGGACAGAGGUACCAGCAUGCAGGGACCCAGGAUGCAUAUCAGGAUAGCCAGUAUCCUUCUGAACAGGGCAGAGCAUACCGAGGACGUCCUUUCAACAGGAGAGGGCAGGGACCGAGAACUACCGCCCUGAAUCAAAAAGACAGGAAAGGGGUAGGUUAUGCUGGGAUACCCCCACCUUCCGGUACAAUAAACAUGAUAUCGGGUGGUGUUCACUCAGGGGGCCAGAGCGCCCGAGCUCGCAAGGCAUAUGCCCGACAGGUGAUGACCGUCAACAAGAACAGACCCUUGAAACGACAGUUUGAGGAAGCAGAAUGGGAAAAUACGCCCAUCACAUUCAACCCGGCGGAUUACAAGCGAGCAGAAGGAGAGCCCGACAUUAUGAUGCCCCAUGCAGAUCCCUUCGUAGCAACGAUUCAUAUAGGCAAUCAUAAUGUCAAUAAGGUGUUUAUUGACACUGGCAGUUCGCCAGAUAUCCUGUAUUGGGGUUGCUUCCAAAAGAUGCAGCUAAACCCGAGCUCGCUGCAGAAGCACGAAGGGCCAAUAUACGGGUUUGAUAACCAGCCCGUCCCUGUUGAGGGAGUUAUUACUCUUCCUAUAUAUGUGGGCUCGAAAUCGCGCUUCAGGAUGGCUUCGGUCACCUUCCUGGUCGUUAAGAUGGAAUCAGCUUUCAAUGCUAUACUAGGAAGAGCCACCUUGUGCGAGCUGAAGGCUGUUAUCUCACAGCCCCACCUCUGUAUGAAGUUCCCAACUCCUCAGGGGGUGGGAGUGCUAAAGGGGAAUCAGAAGAUGGCCAGGGCAUGUUAUCAGGAUACGUUUAAGAAGGUUGAGCUCGCUGUAGCCCUUGGAGGAUCUGAAAGUAGUAGGCCGACUCUGCCCGGCCAGCAGACAAUGAGUAUAUCGGACAUUGAGCAUAGACCUGAGGGUGUCGAGCAGAAAGCAGAGCCGGUAGAGCCAGUGGAAACCGUCUCUUUAAACCCUGAUGUACCGGAAAGAACAGUAAAGAUAGGCACCAAACUCACGGAAGAAGAACGAGCAGAGCUUCUGGAGUUUUUGAGAGUCAAUCAAGAUGUGUUCGCGUGGACUACUGAUGAAAUGCCUGGCAUCCCGGCAGAGUUAACAGUCCACAAACUCAGCACAGAUCCUACCAGAAGGCCGGUGGUGCAGAAACGUCGCCUUUUUGGCCCAGAGAAACAAGCCGCCAUAGACGAGGAGAUACAAAAGCUGUUACAGGCAGGCUUCAUUAGAAGAGUGGAGUACUCUGAGUGGGUGUCCAACCCUGUGCUCGUCAAAAAGCCAAAUGGCAAGUGGAGGAUGUGUAUUGACUUCACCAACCUCAAUGAUGCGUGUCCAAAAGACCCUCAUCCCUUGCCAAACGUCGAGAAGUUAGUGGAGCGGGCAGCUGGGCAUGAACGGAUGAGUUUUCUUGACGCCAGCUCGAGCUAUCACCAAGUUCAGUUGCUGUUGGACGACCAGGAGAAAACAGCUUUCUACGCGGGGGACGUUAUCUACUGCUAUGUCAUGAUGCCGUUCGGCCUAAAAAAUGCUGGAGUAACAUACCAGAAGCUGGUGCAAAUCAUCUUUAAGCUCCAGAUCGGCAGGAACAUAGAAGUGUAUGUAGAUGACAUGAUAGUCACCAGCGUGCGAGCUGAGGAUCACAUUGGCGACCUGGAUGAAACUUUUCAAAACUUGCGCCGAGCACAAAUGAAGCUGAAUCCCUUGAAAUGCACAUUUGCCGUAGAGUCGGGAAAAUUCCUAGGAUACGUAGUAUCCAAGAAAGGAAUUGAGGUAAAUCCAGAAAAGGUUGAGGCCGUUCAACAAAUGGAGCCACCAAGAACUGUCAAAGACGUGCAGCGUUUGACGGGCCGUGUUGCUGCGUUGCACAGGUUUAUAGCCAGAUCGGCAGAAAGAUGCCUUCCGUUUUUCAAAGUUCUGCGGGAGCCUAAGAACUUCCAGUGGACUAAUGAAUGUCAAGAAGCAUUUGACGAGCUCAAACGAUAUUUGGCACCCGCACCCCUGCUGUCCAAGCCUGUCGAGGGAGAAUGUUUAUAUCUUUAUCUGGGGGUGCUACAAGGUGCCGAGCAGAACUACCCACUAGCAGAAAAAGCUGCUUUUGCUUUGAUUUGCACGGCUCGUAAGCUGAGAGCUUAUUUUCAGUCUCAUCAGAUUGUUGUUUAUACUGAUUUCCCAUUAAGGAAAAUAUUGCAGAAGCCAGAACUCUCCGGUCGGCUCAUCGGAUGGAGUGUCGAACUGAGUGAGUAUGACCUUAAAUUCCAGCCGCGCACGACCAUAAAAGGCCAAACUGUGGCAGACUUUCUAGUUGAAUGUGCUCCGGCGGCUAUGAAAGAAAAAGCACCUGAGCACCCAGUCUGGGUUUUGUAUGUAGAUGGAGCUGCUAAUGCCGAAGGAUCAGGUGCUGGAGCUCUGUUACGGGGCCCUGAUGGCUUUAAGUUUGAGCACGCACUGAGGUUUAAGUUUCAGACAACCAAUAAUGCUGCAGAAUAUGAAGCCCUCAUUUACGGACUGAAGCUGGCGUCCGAGCUGAAGGUACAAAGCAUUCAGGUCUUCAGCGACUCUCAGCUUGUUGUCGGCCAGCUGAACGGCAGGUGCGACAUCAGGGAUCCCCAGCUCAGUCGUUACGCCUCUGUGGUCAAGAGAUUGAAGUCAAGAUUUGCUUCAUUUCAGAUCGACAAAAUACCACGGGCAGAUAACCACCGAGCUGACGAGCUGUCAAAGUUAGCCUCCUCGCAAGAUAUUAACCCUCAGAGAUCAACAAUCGUCGAGGUGCUCGACGCACCGAGCUACACUGAUUUCACAGUCGAUUGUCAGCUACUCAGUACAGAUCCCUCUACACCGAGCUGGAUUACCCCGCUCAUAAAUUAUCUGCAAAGCGGCAAGCUACCUGAAGAUCUGUCCGCCGCGAAAUUGAUUAAACGCAGGGCGGCACAUUUCACUUUGUUAGAUAACCAGCUCUACAAGCGAGCAGCCUCAAUGCCCCUGUUACGCUACCUUACUCCUUACGAAGCUGAAUACGCUGUGAGAGAAGUGCACGAAGGAGUAUGUGGCAUGCACAUCGGUGGCAAAACUUUAGCUCGAAAACUCCUGAGGCAUGGUUAUUACUGGUCCACUAUGGUCGAUGACGCGCAGAACUAUGUCAAAAAAUGUCCGACCUGCCAGUUUAACGCUGAUGAUAUACACAUGCCAGGGGAAAUGCUAUCAUCUCUCACGUCCCCCUGGCCUUUUGCUCAAUGGGGUGUCGACCUGCUCGGCCCUUUUAUCAAAGGCAAAGGAGGCUGUACUUUCCUGGUCGUUGCAGUGGACUACUUUACUAAGUGGAUAGAAGCUAAGCCACUGUCCACGACAACAGAAAGAAAAAUAGAAGAAUUCUUGUUCAAUUCAAUAUUGUGCAGGUUUGGCAUACCUAAGCGGAUUAUCGCCGACAAUGGGCCACAGUUCCGAGCAGCAGCACUGAAAUCGUUUUGUAACGACUAUGGCAUUGAGCUCAUUUUGACAUCUGUGUACACCCCACAGUCUAAUGGGCAAGCCGAGUCCGCCAAUAAAAUCGUCUUGCGAGGCCUCAAGACACGAGUGUUGGCUGCACAUUCUAAUUGGGUUGACGAGCUCAAUAAAGUGCUCUGGUCUUGUCGCACAACACCCAGCUCGACGACAGGCGAAACCCCUUUCAGCCUGGCCUAUGGAGCCGAAGCCAUCAUCCCUGUGGAGGUCGGAUUGCCAUCCGAUAGAUCAGAUCGCCACGACGAUCAGAAUAAUGAACAACUCUUAAGAGAGAACUUAGACUUCGUGGAAGAAAUCAGGGAGAUGUCCCGAAUAAGGAACAUGGCACAUCAAAGUCGCAUUGCAAAAUUUUACAAUAAAAGGGUUCGAGCUCGCCAGUUUCAAGUUGGCGAUCUGGUUCUACGCAAGGCUGGGUUAACUAACACUCAUUCGCACAUGGGCAAGCUCGCUCCUAAUUGGGAAGGCCCCUAUAUGGUGGUUCGGGUUAAGCGACCUGGCUCUUACGUGUUAGCAGAUAUACACGGACAUCAGUUGCCUUACCUUUGGAAUGUACAGAAUCUUAGGAAGUUUUACAGUUAACAUGUGUUAUGUUAUUUCGCUUAAGAUGCUAUCCAACAGUUGUAAACAAAGAUAUACAGAAAAU